GCGUCCCCGAAAAAACGUUUUGUCAGCUGGCGGAUCGGACUACAGGCCAGACAGUCUCGACCUUCAGCUCGAACGACGGAAAAACACGAGCAAGAUCGGAAAACAGAAAUGGCAAGGACCGGCAACCGCCGCAAAAGAGGGCCACUGAUCGCAUAGCAGGGGGAGCAAACCGUCUCACAUGAGCAAUCAGUUUGCCCUUUGGCAGCUGCAGCUUCGGCAGCAGCAGCGUCUGGAGCAAUUCCGCAACCGAAGCCAGUAUCAGCAACAUGGUGUUCCGCCAAGGAAUUUGCCUUUUGGUGCUGGUCUGGGCCGAAGCUUGGGUCCAAGUAUGUUUCCGCCCCCCGCUUUGAAUUCCUAUGCACUCCAGCUUGCACAACAGCAGCAACCCAUUCUUCAGCAACAGCAACAACAACAAUUUGCACUGCAGCAGCAAAACAUGUCACAACAGCAGCAGAAUCAGCGUUGGGAUGUGUUUGCCAACGACGGCGGCCAACAAGAACCAGAUCAACUUCUUGUCCAGCAGCAUCAGCAGCAGCAGCAAAGGAACCAUGAACUCCGCCUCGAAAUAGAGCGCCUCACACGGGAGUCUCAACAGCUCAGUAGUCAACAGGAACAUUCCAAUGAUGAUGGCGGCCAACAAAACCUGCAGUUGAUGCAGCAGCAGCAGCAACGACAAACUUGCAGUCCGCGUCAGCCACGAAAAAAAUGCAGACAUUGUGAAAGGGAAUCAUUGCCUCACAAAGAUCGCCGGCUGCUUUGCCGUCAGCACAGAUGGCAACGUACUAUGAACAAUUCAAAAAUAGAGAUGGCCAGGAGGGACAUGGAAACAAAUGCAGGUGUUAUUUGUGUCAGAAAGAAAAUAAUGAAGACAUCGGAGGAGCGGGGAAAGCAGUGUGCCACACUCAGGGCCAUGAAGGUUUUGCAGGAUGGGUCAUACAAACCGAAAAACGAACACAAAAACUUCGAGAAACUCCCAAAUCAUCAAUUUGGCAACAUCCAGUUCCAUAAUGAGCAGGUGUUGCAAGCGAUGAUGGAAGGCAACGACAAUAAGUUAAAGAGGCAUUCCAAGACUGACCAAAGCCAGAUUGAUGUUUUGGGUGACGGAAAAGCAGGUCUCCUGGUCGAUCAAAGCAUCCCUUACCACGUGCACAGCUUCAUUGCUGAGAUCGCUGAGGACAGUCGCAAUCGCAUCUUGGAGCACAGGGAUCCAAAUCUUCGAGAUGAGUUGCUGCAAAUUGCCUUGGAUGCCCGUAUCAAGUUGCCCGUCCCUGGGGAUGAAAAGGCUCCUGCACUUUUUAAUGCAGGUGAGUACCACCGCGGCGAAUUUUCUGAGGAAAUCCAGUACUUCCAACAUCACAGGGACAAGAACUUCUUCAGUAUGGUGUCGAUCUAUGUGGUGGAAGGAGAGAGUUUUAACUUUGUGAUUGUGCCAGGUGGACCAGAUAAGGGACCUGACUUUGAUACUGAACAUGGAGACUACGGUGAAUACGUUAAGUGGAAGGAGGGUCUUGGUGAGGAGGACCUUAAGAAUGUCAAGCUGUAUGAGGAUGCCUUGAAGGACAACACCAGAAGCAAUAAAUGGUAUACGAAGGGGCAUCACUCCAUUGUUGUCUACAAGUUGACACCCGGCCAGCGUCUCAUCUUUGGGGCUUCCUGGCUCACUCAUGGGGUUAUUGUUCCAGGAAAACAGCAACGCUCCGUGAUCGUUUUCCAUGACUUGCUUCCAAAAUGGACGACUUUCAGUUUUGUCAAGAAGCCGAAGUCCAGUACUGCCAAGAAGGGUCCAGAUGAUGCAACCGUGGCUCCUGCAGGGGAGGGAAGUGGGGUGGAUGUUGACCAGGAGGAAAGCGGGCUCGCACACAAUCCCCCGCAGUUGCGAUCAGCGAAGGGGGGCAGCGCAAAGAUUCCUACGAAGCAACAAACAGCUGGCCAAACUUCCCAGGCUGCUGCCAAGAAAGGGGGCUCUGGGAAAAGAAAAUCGGCGUCGGAGAUAAACACAUCUGAGGGAGCUGCCAAGAAGGGAUGCGAUGUGCCACCAAAAGGAAAAUUGGCUUCGCGGGCUCCUGCCCGCGCUAGAAGUACGAGGGUAGCUGCAAAGAAGAAGGAAGCGAUGACCACCUCUUCUGCAGCUUCCUCUGGGAACAAGGCCAAGCGCAGUAGAAAGCGCAAGUAUUAAACUGCACAAGUUGUAGGUUUGGUAGACAGUCAUGAGGGUAAAUAUUUAUUUCUAUAGUAAUUGUUUUGCAACAAGUC